CUUGCUACUCAUCCAAAUGAACAACUCAAAUUACAAGAACAUAUCGAUUCUUAUUUUAAUCCAGAUACAGAUGAUGAUGCACCAAGCUAUGAAACAAUCUUGAAAAUGGAAUAUUUAGAUAUGUUCAUUCGAGAAGUUCUUCGUAUGUAUCCAAUAGGACCAACUGCUAUCAAUCGAGAAAGUACAGAAGAUUUUCAUAUAAAUGGUAUCGGUACGAUUCCUGCUGGAACAAUUGUCACUGUUGAUAUGUAUACAAUACAUUUUGAUCCUGAUCUAUGGGGUCCAGUUGAUCCAAAUGUAUUUGAUCCAGAACGAUUCGCUACAAAACGACACCCACUUGCAUGGAUUCCAUUUGGUAUCGGAUCACGAAAUUGUGUCGGUAUGCGUUUUGCAUUGCUGGAAAUGAAACUAUUUCUUAUUCGCUUACUAAAAGUUUAUUCAAUUAUUGAUUGUGGUGAACUAACACAUCGAUCAACUGAAGAACUCGAAGAAGCUGCUGUUAUUUAUCCAAAAAGUAUCAUAAUUCGUUUGCAACGUCGAGACGAACAUAGAGCGUGA